ACGACUUCGUGUUUGUUUGUUGUUGUUGUUGGUUGUGGUCCGUUGACAACACUGAUAUUGAAAAUUAAAAACCGGCGAGGUAAUUUGCAAACCCGUCAGCAAACAACGAACCCGUCCAGCAGUGCGUGACCACGUCAAAGGUGUCUCCAUCUUCGACCCCACAUCCUCCUCCAUCCCCGUGCAGUACAGCAUCCGUGAUGUUGGCCCAAGCUUGUAUCCGUACCAGUUCCGUCAUCCACACACGAGCAUAGCCUCCCGACUAGUCGACAUGCAAGGUGAAAUGAAGCAACGAUAGCAGUGUUAUGACAAAACUUCAGUACAUCGCCAAAGUACCUCACGGGGCGUCGUGCACAGCCUAAUUGCAGUUUUACUCCCUUACUGAGCCGGCCUCUCACUCACUCACCCAUUGACGUGCUCAACGGGUCACCCACGCACUCACACCGAAGCUGAGCGAGCAUAAUGGGACGUGGCUGAAUGAGGCUGAUCACCUUGAACACAUUAUCUUCCCCUAGCUCAGCCUCGCCUCCGUAUUCCACACAUCUCCUCCCUAUGAUACGUAUCCUCAACCCAGGACUUGAGCUUCUCUUUGACCACAAUUACCACUGGGACGAGUCGAGCUGGGCAGAGAGGGGUAAUUUUUUCCGAGUUUUUUUUCCUUUUCAUUUUUCAUUUUGGUACUUGUUCCCUCAUUUCCCUUUCCCGAUUUCAUCCUACCACGAGCCUCGAAGCCUCAAACACACAUACCUCCGCACCAGCUAUCAAGACAAGACCAUCCAAAUGUCCACCACCGUACCCGACUCACCGGAGUUCGGGACGUCCCAGGCUGUUGCCUUACUUAUUGCCUACACCCUCAUCUAUGUUAUCCCCCUCUACUUCUCAGCUGCCACCCGGCCGUCGCCUACCCGCUCACGAGAUGCGCCCGAGGCCAUUCGCGCCCGUAUCCUCGUCGUUUCGUUGUCAACGGCCGUCUGCUCCCUCGUGACGCUUGCCUUGCUCUCGUCCCGGCUCUCGUCCCAGAAGCAACCUCUGCACCUCAUGGGCUACUGGCCUCCUGGCCUCGUCGACUCUGCCCGCGCCCUCUGGCUCACAGCGCUCCUCUUCGCCGGGCCCCUCUACGAGUCCCUCGUCAUCGACGGCGCCGCGCGCGGAUGGCUGACUCUCAAGCCUCUCAAGGAACUCUGGGUUGACUGGCCCACCUGGAGAAAUAUGGUUGCGGGCCCCGUCACCGAGGAAUGUCUGUUCCGCUCCGCGGCCGUCCCGCUGUUGCUCCGGGCCGGCGCCAGCCUCACCAGCACCAUUUUCCUGUCGCCCCUCGUCUUCGGCCUCGCCCACCUGCAUCACUUCUAUGAGUUCCGCAUCACACAUCCCCAGACUCCCCUCCCCGUUGCCAUUGCUCGCUCCGUUCUCCAGCUGUCCUACACCUCCCUAUUCGGCGCCUAUGCAACCUUCUUAUUCAUGAGAACUGGCAGCCUACUGGCCGUCAUCCUUGUCCAUGCCUUUUGCAAUUGCAUGGGCCUCCCUCGCCUCUGGGGGUCACUUGAUCCAUACUGGCUCUCCGACCGGGACCCGGCUGCUGUCUUGCCACGGAAGAUCUGGACCGCUGUGUAUUAUAUCCUGCUUGUCGGAGGCUUGGUAGCUUGGUGGCGGAGCCUGUACUCGUUGACAGAGACUCCCAUGGCCCUGGCCGAGUUCUAAAGCCACCAAAAAGUUUAGUAUCCUAAAGAAUAUACAUAACCACAAUCGGCUUAGCACAUUUGAAAUC